AUGAAAUUGAGAAAGAAGAGGCUACAACUGAAUCAAAGAUUUGCGAAGUCAAAGAAAGAAGAGAAGGAUAAAGAAAUUUUGGAGAUGUUUCGCAAGGUGGAAAUGAAUAUACCUCUAUUGGAUGCAAUUAAGCAAGUGCCAAGGUAUGCAAAAUUUCUUAAGGAACUAUGCACCAACAAGCAGAAGUUGCACAGUGAUGAGAAGAUAAUAAUGGGAGAAAAUGUGUCAGCUGUUUUCCAAAGAAAACUUCCUCCCAAGUGCAAGGAUCUAGAUACUGGUGUUAUUAUCCAAUUGGCUGAUCGCACUAAUGCAUACCCUGAAGGGGUCAAUGAGUUAGUGUUUCCGGCUGAUUUUUACAUUCUGGAUAUGGAUGAUUCUUCGUCUCCUGACCCUGCACCUAUCGUACUGGGAAGACCAUUCCUAAAUACAGCUCGAACAAAAAUAGAUGUUCAUGAUGGUACCCUCAUGAUGGAAUUUGAUGGUGAAUCUAUUUUUGCUAUUGAUGUUGUUGAUCCUAUUGAUUCCAUAGUGCAAGAGAUUUUUGAGUUAAAUAAUGCAGAUGAAUUAGAGGUUACCCUUCUCAAACAUGUGGAAUCAGAGGAGAAAGGAGAGAUAGAGCUCAGUGAAGAAUUGAAGGAAAUAGUGGCAGCUUUACAUUCUUUAAAAUCGAGUCUAGAAAGGUAUGGAGUUUCUUUUAUAAAGCUGCCUGAUUCUCACCAGAAAUUAUUGCCUUCUGUUUUGCAGGCCCCUACACUGGAGUUGAAGCCAUUACCAGGUCAUUUGAAGUAUGUGUACUUGGGAGAGAAUGAGACACUGCCGGUAAUUGUGUCAAACAAGUUAACACCCAAUCAAGAAGAGAAACUAGUUUGA